CGUUUGCGAGGAUCAGCGAAACUGCCGGACCUAUCGCUGCAUAUCGUUGACAUUAAUGGGGAGGACAUCAACGAAGUGUCUUUAGGGGACACACUUCGGGUUCAAGUGAGGAUGAGUGACGAAGCCACUUUUGGUAUUUUUGUACGCAAUCUGAUCGCAAAGGACGGGUUGGGCGGCACUAACAACUUGACACUCAUCGAUAACUCGGGAUGUCCGGUUGAGGCAAAAAUGAUGAGAGAAGUGCGGACUAUGAAUAAAGACAAGAAGUCGUUGGAGAGCUAUUUGGAAGCGUUUACUUUUACGGGCAGUCAGUUGUUGGAGAUCGAGGCCGAAGUGGAGACCUGUCUCGACAAGUGUCGACCCGUUCAGUGCAAAAUCAUUACCGGCAGAAGCGAUGACGAGUACGAAACGGUCACCUCCUAUGGUCGGCGCCGACGGAGCGCUCCCGUGGAGGACAUGGAUUUGGCCGAAAAGGGAGACAUAUUGACGCUAACAAUGCUCUCGAAACGGGUGUCCAUUAAGUCCAACACCGAAGUGACCAAAAUAGAGAUGCCGUCCAAACCAAUGAACGCUCCCUUCAGGAAAAGCAAGAGUUUGUUUUCAAGCGAAUCGCCGGCCUUUCGGGUAUCGCUCGAUGAGUACGGCUUCUAUUGCUUCGAACCGACGACUUUGGCCACACUAUCGGGCGUUACCCUAAUCUUUCAGGGCUUUAUGUUGGCCGCGGUCCUCAUUAUGGCCACUAGGCUUAAGGACUGUCCCAAAACUGUUCCCGUCCUC